AUUUGAGCUGUCGUUACAGACGUCGACAUAGGCCGUGGAAGUCAGAGAUUAUCCCAUACUCUUUGGUGGAAGUCUGACAACUGUCAAAUGAUAAUCACACAGGCGAGGUUACGAUAUUAAAAAUUGAAAUGGCAGCUGAAAUUAAGCCAGCACCGGGUGUAAACAACGAAAGAUUCAGCACGACAAGAAAACCAAUUUUACUAUCAAAAUUAGAAGGGUGUAAUGACGACAUUAACGGAGCGAUAAUAAUUCCCAGAGAAGAUGGUGUUAUCAGUAUUUGCGAUGACAGAACUGUCAGAGUAUGGCUGAAACGUGAUUCUGGGCAAUAUUGGCCCAGCGUAUGUCAGUACAUGGGUGCAGCAGCAACAGCGAUGCAUUAUUGCGCGGAAACAAGACAACUAUUUGUGGGAUUAGAAAAUGGUGCUAUAAACGAGUUCAUGUUGGAAACUGAUUACAACCGCAUGACUCCGAUGAGGGAGUGCCUCUCUCAUCAGGGACGAGUAACUGGCAUUAUUUUUGCUUUAAAUUGUGAAUGGGUACUUAGUAUUGGACGGGAUAAGCUCUUCCAGUUUCAUUCCUCACAGUCCGGACAAAGACUCGGCUCAUUUCAAACAGAUGCUUGGGUCACCGCAUUGCAAUUUGCAUCGCUAACUAAACAUGCUUUUGUUGGAGAUUAUUCGGGACAAAUAUCAAUGCUUAAGUUAGAAAGCACUGGGGCCAGUUUAAUCACGACUUUGAAAGGGCAUACUGGAAGUAUUCGCACACUGGCGUGGAAUUCUGAGAAGGAUUUAUUGUUUUCUGGGAGCUUUGAUCAAAGUGUCAUAGUUUGGGACAUUGGCGGUUGCCAAGGCACUGCAUACGAACUUCAAGGCCAUCAUAAUCGAGUAACGGCUUUGUGCUAUUCGGGUGCCGAGAAAUUACUGCUUUCGGCAGGAGAAGAUGCUGCCAUAGUAGUUUGGGACAUGUCCGCCAAUAGGAAAGAAACUCCCGUCUGGGUUGAGUCUGACACAUGCCAGUCCUGCGGACGUCCAUUCUUUUGGAAUAUCAAAGCAAUGAUGGAUCAAAGACAACUUGGCUUGAGGCAACAUCACUGUCGCCAUUGUGGGCAGGCCUUAUGUGCUCGUUGCACGACUCAACGCAUACCAAUUCCGUCAAUGGGAUUUGAAUUUGAAGUGAGAGUCUGUGAUCCUUGUUACACCCAACUUAAAGCAGCUAACCAAACGUCAUUGGCCUCUUUUCAUGAUGCCAAACACAGUGUAGUUGGAAUGGACUUAGAUGCGCCUCGUCGCAGACUGCUGACUGUUGGACAAGAUCGGGUCAUCAAAAUCUGGGAUGUCAGCGCUCUCCUUCAAUAAAUUUUUCUCCAAAAUAUGUAAUACACAUAUGUAAAAACGUUAAUUCAUUAGUUUGAUUCAAAUAAUGUGGAAUGACCAGGCCGCAGGUGGAGUAACAUCGAAUGGUAAAUACGCCUUUCAAAAGUUCCAUACUAUACCCAUUCAAUUGAGUUGCUACGCGCAGUUGGUUUUUUUUUCCGAGAAAUAUGGCAAUCGAAAAAUAAUCUCAUCAUUUUUAAAAAGCUAUUUCUGAUGAAUACCACUGUUGGGUGCAUCAUUUGUUCUAUUAUCUUUUCCCCGCAAGCAUGUAUCAUAUUGCGUAAUUUUUAGUGUUAUUUGUCAAUUAUUGCCAACUUCUCUCAUAUUAAUCAGCAGUAAUAUUGAAAAUGUUUAUAUUCGAAGCAUUGUAGUUAUUGAGAUAAGAUUGCAAACGUAAUUUGAGUAAUUUAAUAAUUAAGGUCUGGCGAUAAACGAAGAUAGUAGAAACAGAACAACCGAUUUUACUGUCAGAGAAAAUUAACGGAGACUGUUGAUCUGAUAACUCUUGAUCAUCGACGUGUUCAUCGAAUUUCCUUGUAUAUUCAGUAGUUUUACCAACAUAGCUCAAUGCAACGAAAGCAUAAACAUACUGUGCGUUUCAUAGUCGAUAGCACAGCUCGGGCUUGAUGCAAUUAUCAACCUCGAUCUUAUCUGUACCCUUGGUAUUGAAUCUGCCUUGUGAGUUGCUGGUGAAAUUGCAGCAGACUCUUAACUUUACUUUUGCUGAGACUAAGUUUAUAUUUUUAAACAAAUUGGCUUAUGUCUGUGAACAUAUUUCAUGGCGCAUACUAAAUUUUGAUAGUGCUGUUUUUUUUUCAUCAUCCCAGUGAAUGAGGCCUGGACCAAUUCUGAUACCGUUAAUAUGAAAUCGAAUUCAGAAAUGUUAUACCUAUUCACUAAGCAGGGACCAGGUGGUGAAAUUAUCAUGUUGGUUAUACAACGAUGUAAUGAAGUAUUCAAAGUCAAGAGUGACUCUGCUUCACGCUGGAGUAGAGAUGUGAAAAGAUUUUUGAUAUAGGUAGUAUGAGCCAAAUGCAAUUGUAUAUUAGAUAAUGUCCAUUUGGAAUUAUGGCCGAUAGUUGAAUGCCGCUUACGACUAGUCAGAGCAUCAUAUGGAUUAUAUGGCAGAAUAAUACAGUGUUUUUUUUUUCAGCUGUCAUGUUGUGGCGUGUAUAUACAAAAAAAUUUCAACGUCACAGGCCAACAGAUAGUUUUGAUGAAACUCCACGCUUUCUGUAAUAAAACCUGAUUUAUUUUUGCAGUAACUUUAUAGUACGGUUCAGAAAUUUAUUUGUAAUUUUUCUUUACAUUAUCCCUCAUCACGUUCAAAGAUAAUUCGAAAUGGCAAAGUUCUUAUUGUGGCGUAAUAUACCAAGUUCAGUGGGAAAAUUUGUAAUGCGUGAAUGAUAAUGAUUUACUUUUUAGUUGUUUAAAAAACGUAGUUACGUCCGUGUUAUGAAUUUAUUAAUGUGUUGUGUUAUAAUAUGUUGUGAUCAGUGACUAUUGCAUGAUAAAUCUUCGGCAGAGCAUACCAUGGUAUUAUAGAUGUACAUGCAAGCACUAUCAAUCGACAAAUAUGUGGUGUGCAAAAAUUUCUAUUUCAGAGAUUAUGUUGAGAUUGUUAUUGACUAUUAAAUGGCCCCUUGAUCAAACCGGAGAAACUCGACGCAAUCACGCAGUUAAUCCGAGAGGUCAGAAAUUCCAUUUCACUGUAAUUUAUGAAGCAUACAAUAUUGUAAAUGUAAUGAUUAUUUUUAAAUUGGCAAGAAAAAAAAUUAUGUACAAACAUUAUAGAAUAUGUUGUGUUAAUUUGAAGCUGUUGAAUAAUGAAAAUCGUUUAAUUUU